GUCUACUUUCCAGGUUAUGUUGAUCGAGCGCAUUCGAUAGUAGCGACACGUAAACAAGAUGCCAUACAUUACAAAACUGCUUCAACAUCUGUGUUACCCCCAACACUGAAAUUCGAGGAAGUUUCAAGCCUGUAUGUAAGACCGUUGCCGCGUAUUUAACGAGAUAGCGGCGCAGGUUCAAUUCUUGUAGAGACUCGUAUGCAAAGAUCUCGUAAAAAUUAUUAGGAUUCACGUAAAGUUAUAUUAUAAUUAAAAUGAACGUCGUGCCAGGGACGGCAUCGCUUCUCGAAGAACUUGAUAGUACGUGCCGUUCUGUCAUUCAGUCACAUGUCAAUAAAUAAAGAUUGUAGUAGAGAAGCUUAUGGUUUUAUUAAGGGAUGGUAGAACUCUAAUCGGAUAUCUCAGGAGUGUUGAUCAGUUUGCAAACUUAGUGCUACAUCGUACUAUUGAGAGGAUUCAUGUUGGUAAAGAAUAUGGUGAUAUUCCUCGAGGAGUAUUCAUUGUGAGAGGAGAAAAUGUUGUACUACUGGGUGAAAUUGAUAGAGAAAAGGAGAAGGAUCUACCAUUGUCUGAGGUAUCGGUAGAUGAUAUUCUGGAUGCACAGAGGAGAGAACAAGAACUAAAACAGGAUCAAGAGCGGCUUAUGAGUAAAGCAUUGAAGGAGCGUGGACUUUCAUAUAUUCCUGACUUAGGACAUGAUGAUAUGUUCUGACCCAUACCUUCUCUUCCUACUACCUCUCUUUCAUCUUCUGUAUCCUCACGCAGUUCCGAAUAAGUAAGCAUUAUUCAAGACCAUUUUUCAUUUUAUAGAUUACCUACAUAAGUUUCUCAAAUAAUCAUGAAUAAACUUGUACUGUACUAUUAUCUGAUGUACAUAGAUAUAAUCUUAGAGUAAAAAAAGGAAUCUACGUUGAUUCAUUAUCACACAUCAUUUGUUGCAAAGGAAAUGAAUUGAUAUAACCAAAUAGAAAUGAUCUUUGUAUCUUGAAUAAAUAAUAAUCACUUCA